AUCAUAUUCAUUAAUGUCAUCUUGAAAGCUGCUGCCUCUUCACAAAACGACAGGAUGUGUAGUUUAUCGGAUGCAUCUUACGCGGAAGGAUAAUUUGCAAGCUUUCCCCUCUUGUUUCAGAAACGAGAAAAGCGCAGUUAUGGAUGGGAUGGACAGGUCUCAGAACAGAGGCUUGGGCUCAGAAUAAAAAAACUGCCCUCAGGUCAACAGCUAAUUCCGAAUGGCAUUUAAGCUUCCCUCACGAAAUGCUAACUACCGCUAGGAUCUGCAGAAGCCGAGUCUUGCACUGGUAUCAGGUCAAAAUCCAACGAACCAUAUCUACUUCGAUGACGUCUCAUAAAUGA